AUAAUGUUUCGAAACAAGUUUCAAUGUUGCGUCAAUAUCGAGUUGGUGAACUUCCUGACAUAGAGAUUAAACAUAAUGACAUUAUCGGCCCAUUACAAGCUUUGGCGCAUAGGGACUUGGAUAUUUCUCGCAUUUUGUUUUCUACAUUGUUUGUUUCUAUUCAUGACGCCACUAAAGAUGAUCCGAGCAUGGAUACUAACGAACAAAAUGAUUACACAAAUUCGAUGUCUCAAAAUAUUCAGACCAUUUUCAGCGCAACUACAUCAUAUUUUCCACCUUUAAUUAGUAGUUGUCUACGAAUAUGUUAUGAAAUUUCUGAUAUCAAAAUUGAUCCUUUAGCAAUUCGGAGGGUUAGUGAAAUGAGCUCGACAGAGUCAAUGGGUAUAGGGUUAAUUGAACAACAUUUGACACGGAUCACUAUUCAAAGGGAAUCAAAGAGAACACGUAUUACAAAUACUGGCCUCGUCGCCGAAAGUAAACAACCGUGGAUAGAGUUAGCACAUCUUUAUAAAUCAAUCGAUAGUAGUGAUGUAUAUAAGAGCAUAUAUGAAAACUACAUUGCUCACAAUCAAUAUACUAAGAAUGCUCUUAACGCUGAGUUAAUAGGCGAUUACGCCUCAGCGUGUGAAUUUUAUUUGCAAGCAUUAAGUGAGGUAGAAGAUGCUGAUGAUGCUGAGGUCACAAUUUGGGAAGAAGGAAGAUUUGAAUGUUUCGAAAAAUUAUCAAAAUGGGAUGACUUGGCCGAAACUGUGUACGUGGAUAUUGAUUCAGAUUUUGAUAAGCUUUGGGAUCAAGACUUUCAGUAUCCAUAUCUUCAAUAUUUCAUGCACAGUUUGUUCAAAUUAACGCAUGGACAAAAUGAUGAAAGUUAUUGUGACAUCUUUUUUAAUUUCAUUGAUCGCUCUGUGUCUGAUCCGGAUCGAAAAUCUUUCUUAACUGCUCAAUACCCGAUUGAACUCGCGUUAACAUCAAUAACGCGUAAUGAUACAGAACAAGCGCUUUUUUAUAUUAGGAAAGCGUAUGAUAAUUUCUUGUUUACGUGGUCUACUUUACAUCCGUUAGCAUCUAGCACGAGAUUGAGUAAACUGAGUUCUCUGCAACAGAUUGUUGAAAUGGAAGAAUUUUUGAAUUUGUCCCAGUCAUCGGAGGAAUCAGAAAAAUGGGAAAAACUGAUUAGUCAUUGGAAAAACAGGUAUCCAUCAAAACGGCUUGAUCCUAGCAAUAGUUGGGAUGAUAUAAUAACAAGUCGUCACUCGCUACUUGGUGCUAUGAUGAAAUUACUACAAGAAGAUAUGCAUUUCGUUGAGAUUAAAAAUUCACUGGAACGUGAUGGUUUACUUAAAAUGGCUUCUGCAGCAAGAGUUCAAGGCAAUUUUGAAGUUGCCCGGGUUUGUCUCAACAAAACAAGGCAAUCUAGGCUUUACGAUAAUAAAGAAUUGGCUUAUCAUCAAUUGAAACUUAAUCUUCAAGAAGCUUUGACCACCGUUAACAUUGAAAAAAAAUUAAACAUCUUGGUGGCGAUGACUGAUGAAUUUAAGAAAGUAGAGAUUAUGGAUGUAGAAACUAAUAUGAAAAAUCGCGUGAUAGAAAGCGAUACGUAUGCAACGUUAGCUGCCAUACUUGAUAAUAACGAAAAUCGGGAUUUAGCACGUUCUAUUCAACAUCGUAAAGCACAUUUUAUCGUUGAAGGUUAUAAUCUUUUAAAAGAUGCUGCCGAGAAAGCUGUUUCACACCUGAAGCCUGUGAACCGAGCUAAAAUAUUUGUCAAAUUUGCAAAAUUCUGCGAUUAUUAUUUGCGAAAUUUGGAAUCGACCGAUGGGGACCAAAGAAGGGUUUCUUUUGAUAGUGGAUUGUAUGCAUCUACAGUCGUUGAAUAUGUUUUAAAAGCAAUGGAAGAUUGUUCAAAGGAAGCAUCCGAAUUAUUUCCAAGAUUGCUUCAGAUAAUUUGUAUCUAUGAUAAUACACAAUCGACUUUUAAGCAAAUGGUAUCAUCGUUUGGCCCCGUAUGGAAAUUUAUUCGUUGGAUUCCUCAGAUUGUUGCCAUUUUAGACAAACCCAUUGCACAAUGUGUUUUUCCAAUAUUGUACAAUCUCGCGGAGCAAUAUCCAAAAAGUCUAUAUUACCCAUUAAAAAUUAGCAGUGAACAUUACAAUUUUGAUGAAAAAUCUAAAGAGGCGGAAAUUAACAAGUCAAGAGUUCAAAAUCUUAAGCAAUUGAUAAAAUGUGAAAUAACUGAUACUUUGAUUGCUGAAUUGCAAAGACUUAUUGACCCAGAAAUUCACUUUGGGAAUUGGUUUCAGACAGUUUGGUCUUUAAUCAGGUCAAAGACUACAGAAACUGACGGAUAUGAAGAAAUUAAAAAAUCAUUUCAAAUAAUGAGGACUUUUCUCUUGGAUAUUCAGAAUCCUCAUUAUGGGCUGUUUGAUAUCCUUCAAU